CGCUUUCCCUAUUUGGUGACACCGGCAGGGAAAAGCAGGGAGGCACUCCUGUCCUCAAUAUAAUACAGACAUCCUUCAGCAAGUGAGAGACACACAGAAGAAGAGACAGAGAGACAGACAGCCAGGGAGGCAGCAAAGCAAGCAGACAAAAUCAGGUACAGACACAAGGACAAACAGAGGCAGAGACGGGUGGGGAGACUGCUGAAGCAAGGAUAAAUGAGAAGGAAGAGAGAGCACGAAUAAUGAAGAGGUGGUUGCACCAUCUGCUGCCUGAGAGAGAAACAUGUUAGCCAUUCAGAUUGGAGCAGCGAUCUGCAGUGAGAUAUCAACAGCCCCUCUUGAAUGAUGUUUUCAUACCGUCCCUCUACGUGCCAUCUCUGCAAUCAAAACAAAUCAAAUCUGGUGAAGUCACUGCAUUUCAAUGACCAUUUAGGAAAAUAAUUAUUCUACGUAGUGAUAACAGAGAAGCUGUAUGUCCUGGCAGCUGGGUCAGGUGUUCCAUCCUUAUCUUUGUCAUCUUCUCUCUCUCCCGUCAAGUCAAUAAAAUCAAGUAGCAGAACAGGAAAUAAUAUUUGAAUUACAUUGCUGUCAUAUAACUCUAGACACAGAUGACAGUUGACGACAGACAGUCACAAUAAAGACUCUGCAGCUGAAAGAGGGGAGAUUUCCGACGAAUAGACUAUCGGCAGUGUCUGGUCAGAGAAGACAUUUGUGACUUGAUUUCAUUCUAUGUGAACACUGAGAAACAACAGAAGAGAUUGUAUCUUCAUCAUCAUCACAAUGGAGUUGUCUUAUCCUUUUUGAACAGAGCCACACUGUUCUGAGUCCCACGACACUGACAUUUGACAUUUACAAGCAGCUAUCUUUCUUUUGGAAAAUACUCUCAGUUACUGUAAAAGCACAUUGAGGACAGGUACUGUGCAGCUGGUAUGUUUUAUUUGGACUAAUUAGUUAUAGAUCUUAAGAGUUUCCGUAAAUAGCCAGGGUUGCACCUCUUAUGAUGCACACUCCAUCCUCCAUGGUGAUGGGGAUCGUCUUUGCCCCUUUGGGAUUGGUCCUUGUCUUCACUGCCGCCAUCACUCCUCAGUGGAGAGAGGGACAGACACGUCUGGGGAUGGCGGGCUCGGGGUCACUUCUUCGGUUAGGAGUGAAAGGUCAAGGGAUGGGGGUCAAGUCCGGGUCAGUGGAGGCGCUGCUCCUUCUACGCUCUGAUGGACUAUGGGAGAGCUGCCUGCAGGUGGAGCACUCGGAGCUGAAGCAGUGCUGGCCUGUGGCAGGUCCAUAUCAGAGAGACCCGAGGGUUCGCCUGGCACAAGGUUUGAUCCUGACCUCGUUGUUCCUGUGCAGCACCGGCAUUGUUCUGGCGUGUAUCGGGGUCCGGUGUUGGACAGACAUCCCUCUGAGAGGUGUAGCAGCUACAGGUGGACUCCUGGUGGUGAUGGCCGGGCUGCUAAGCCUGACUGCACUCGGGGUGUAUACCCACAACCUUGCAAGACUGGGGAUGGCAGAUCCAAGUCAGGGGAUCAAUAACCCCAGAUUCCCCCAACUCAGCCUGCGUCCAGCCGGCUCGCUCUACUUUGGGUGGCUGGGUGCAUGUUUACAGGUGCUGGGAGGCAGUGCUCUGCUGUUCAGCUUCAAACGACCAAGAUACCCGACCUGCCCGUCCUGCCCAGGGCUACCUGUCUGCCCUGCCUGCCGUUCAUGUCCUGAGAUCAGCAACAAGUCAGACACGGAUGUAUAUGAAGUCAGCUGUUAGAAUGUAAACCUAACACUUAAAAUACUUAGACAACAUGGGUAAAGACAAACAAAUCUGGACCCUUAAGGACAUAUUAAAGUCACUUCCAACUCAUCAGCUAAUUAAUCUGCCAACUAAUAAAAAUAAGUCAAUUCAUAAAUGACUUUGAACCACAGGACAUUACCACUACCUGAUUAAUUGACUCAAAUGUCAGGUAUGAACAUGAUGGAUGUAACUACCUCUUGACGUAGACAGAAACAUAAUUUUGGGGUGUAGAAUACAAAGUGAUGAAUCAAACGACGAGAGUACGAUUGCUACAGAAGUUCAUCAUGUUUGAAAAGAGCUCAAGUUCCUGCUGCCUUUAACUGCAACAUGUAGUGAAACAUGGCUGAAGUAUCUCUUUGUGCUGCCUUUUACAUUGUAGCCACGCCUUUGUACUGUUAGCAAGAAAUGUGACACUGUUUUGUGUCAGAACAAAACUGUGAAAUUUAAAAUAUUUGUGAUAAAUUAUAAGUUGCUUAGAUAAUGGUAAGGCUUUGAAUAUAAGAACAAUUUGUUCUUACAUGAAAAAAAAACAGGAAAAUCAUGUUUUCUUAGCAAAUACGUUCUUUGGAAUGGAGACAACAAUCUUGACUAAUUUCUCCGAAAGUAAUUGCAAUCUGCUUUUAAUAUUUCUCGAUUCAGUCAUUGCAAGCAAGUGAAAGACCAAUUUUUGAUGUAAGAUUACUGUAAACACAUUAUAAAUAAGCUGCCAAUUUUUUAGCCUGCCAGGGUAAAUCUUUGUAUAAUACCUUUACUAAGGAGCCUUCAUCUAAUGAAUGUGAUUUUACUGACUUGAUAACAAUGAGGAGACAAAAAGGUUUAAGUGAGGAGGCUGUACCACAGGGUGUUGUUUGUUCUUCGUAAAUUAUUUGUUGGUGUUAACUUGUUACAGUGUGUUCAUACUUGGUGGUGCAUUCUGCAUUUAAUAAAACAUUUCAACAGUGUA